UUUAAAUCCAUGUCUAACAGUAGUAUUACAAUACGUUAAUCGCAUUUAAUAACAAAAGCCCGAAAACACAAAGAUAAAGGAAAGAAGAGGAAGAUUUAAAUAGAUUUUUUUUUGGGAAAAAAUUGAUAAACCGCCAAGGCUUCGAAUACAUUCAACAAUCAUCGCUAGAUCAGAACUGUGGCAACGAGUCUUUUCCCCAUGGCUCGAAACAAGGAACAAUUUUUAAAGAUAUUUUCAAUUGGUAUCGAUGGUAGCAAAAAAUCUACAAAUUGGUCUUGUUAGCUUGUUUUAAUUUUCUGAUACAACAGAAAUUGCGGGCGUUCAAUUGAGAAACGCUCCUGGCCACACAAUUGAAUUCACUCGAGAGGAAGCCAAGUCAUUUUAAUGUGGAAUAAUUAUGCGUCUGUGGAACUAUAUUGUACAGACGGACUAAGAGGUUAUGCAAAUCAUUUCAAUGCAGCUGUUAUUUUGGGAUAGUGAAAGAGGAUCGAAGCGACCAAGAUAUAGGGUCAACCCUUUGAUUAGAAGGGUAAAUUUUCAACCAUGGAGAAAAAUUUGAGCAGCAACGACAAGGAAUCUUCUGCCAGUUUGAUUUCAGAUGUAAAAGAAGUAGACGGAGCGGAAGAAACCGAAGAUGCUCCCGUUGGAGAGCGCCCAAGAACCAUCCUUGCGUUCUUUAUGUUCGGGUUUCUACUCUAUGCUACCUACUCGUUGAUUAUUUCUGGGGCUCAAGAUAUUCUUCAAGGAACUCUAGUUCCAACUUCUGCAGUACUCGUAGCAAACAUUGGGCCAUAUUUUUCUGUGACUUUGAUCGCUCCGUAUUUCGUCCAGCGAGUUCCUUAUUUUGUACGUGUGUUGACGGUGUUUUUCCUCGAGGCUUCUGGGCUAGUGAUGGUAGUACUUGGGAAGCAUGUUAGUGUUAAGUUGGUUGGUGUCGGCUUUUCGUCGCUGGGAUUCGGUCUGGGAGAGUUAUCGUUUAUCGCAUUGACCUCUUUCUAUCACGAAGCAGCCGUUAGAGCCUUUUCGGCUGGUACUGGUGCAGGAAUUGCUUUGGCGCCUUUGUAUUAUACUGCUAUGACGACAUGGGCUUGCAUACCACCAAACACAGCAAUAUCGAUCAUGGCAUUCUCCCUGGUUCUCUUGCUUGCCUUUUAUGGAAUCAUGGAACGUAAGCACACAUAUAUCCAAGGCACCCAAUCUCAACAGGGAACCUACGCAAAAGUCCCUUACAAGCCAAUGGACUCUGAAGCCGAAGACAGCAAACCCCGCCAGGCUUUGACAUUCUUCGAAAAGGUGACAGCUGUGAAAGAUGUUUUGCCAAUCAUGUUCUGUGUUAUUAUGGCAUGGAUUGCCGAGUACUUGAUCAUCCAAGCUGUCAUUACAACUAUAGCAUUCGUCGACGCCCCAUUCCCACCAAGGGACCAUUACCAGUACUAUAUCUUCGUAUUUCUCGGAGGGGAAUUCUUUGGCCGGUCGUACUUGAUCUUCUUCUCAUACAUCAAGCCAAGCUGGGUCCCAAAGCUGAUCAUUAGACGCUUGUGGGCGUUAGCAAUUGCAGAAGUGUCCAUCCUCGUGUUCUUCAUAUUUGCAGCUUGGUACAGAUUCCUUCCAAGCGUGUCUUUGCCUCUGAUUCUCUCGUUUAUUGCUGGAGUCAUCAUUGGUAUAAUGUACGUCAACAUGCUGGCUGUUUUCACCGAGAUUGAAGACAGUACACAAAGAGAAUUUGUUCUUGGAUAUGCCUCGGCUGCGACAGGAUGUGGAGCGUUCACUGCAGGUCUUCUUGGGCUUGUAAUCGAGCCAUGGUUACGUCAUCAUUGUUUGAAAGUAGCUAUAUCGAGCGAUUAUUGUUUUACUAGGUCCAUUGGGAGCGUCGGUUCGUGUGGAACAUGAUAUAAUGAUUAAAUCCUUCUAAGCUGUUUGAAAUGCAGGACAUUCAGGCAGGUGAGACGAAAAGAAACCUCACAUAGUAUAAACACGUGUAACUGUGUGGCUAUAUGAUAAAAAGGGAUAAGUGGGAGUAUGUAAAACUAGUUCACAACAAGGGGAAAAAUCCAAGUUCCUUUUGGGAUAAUAAGGAAUCUGAAUAUAAGACUUUUUAUUUUAAAUAAUUAUGGCUUGGAAACCGAUACUAAUGGAAUGGAAGUAAUCUUGUCCAAUUUCAGAUCACGCCAUUGUAAGUCCCUUGAGAAUAAGAUUCUUUGUCUUAGCUGUAUGCAUAUUCGUGUGUCAUGUGCAACCGUUAAACAAAUUAAUAGGGAAAGACAAAUGGGGCAAAAUUACGCCCAAGCCGAAAAAAUCGAUUCAAAUACGACGUUGAAUUCAUGAAAAAGUGCAAGAAAAGCCUUUUUAUGUAGCGUCACUUAUUUAGUUCGAGAUAUUUAUUUGCCCCGAUAUCGAUAAGGUGUGGUCGGGACUUCAUAAUACAGGGUGUGCCUUGGAUCAAAUUUAGUGUCAAAUUAUUUAAAGGUACUGAAAAAUUUAUCGAUUCUACGAAAACACAAACUCCGAUAGGAGUAUCUGAUCAAGGUGGUCUGAACGAACAAUUUGAAAGCGAACUGCUAAAGCAUAAUGGAUGGGAAAAUUAAUACAUUAAUGUUUUGAGACAGGGAAUGGAAAGAUAUACAAUACAACAAAAAAUACUAUUACACACGCAGUGCAUGAAAUUUAGAAGUUAGAGAUAAAAAUGACAAAGAAAUUGCAAAUAUAUAUAGAUAAGUGGGUUGGUAUAUUGAAGACAAUGAUAGGUGUAUUACGCUAAAGCUUUCAUCAUCGUCUCUUAGAAUAUUGAAAAUCGUUUUCCGUCACUAUAAAAUAAUACUAAUCCUGUAUCAGUACUACAUGUACAUACUUUCAAAUUUGAUGGUGCGUCAUGUAACAAACUUUACAACUUUAGGGGUGUUUCUGGCUCUGCCACUUGUUAGCAUUUAAGGAAUGCUGGGUUUUUGGUUUCCAUCAAUUAAAACACUACAAGACCAGAGCGUUAUAAAAUUGAUGGAGGACAAAAGCCUCAAAAUUUAUCGACUCCAAAUUGAAAACAUACUGUGCAAUGUUAAUAUUCCUAUCAAAGAUGAACCGGCGAAAGCAUGAACGACAGAUUCUCCCUAAAAAACAUUUUUAAUGAACUAAAAAUAUCGUUGACAGAACUGACCUUCACUUCCUUUAGACAUUUUUUGUUCCUUUCUCAAUCAGUUCUAAACAAUAGAUUUAUUUCGGGUCAAAGUGAUCUAUCUUUGUAGAGAAAGUUAAAGCGAUUUUCCUAAUAUUAAUAGAUUUGGCACAGAAUACGAAGGACUCGAGCCUCUUCCUGGUACGUAGGAAAAUUUCGUCGUUCGUAUUUUAGUUGGAAAAACUUGAAUUUCCCAUCAUACUAAAACGAUUGAUAAACGUCUUUAAAUUCACGCAUGCGCAAACGCUUUUUUCUAGUGUCGCAAUAGAUUUUUUAUUAUUCAAAACUAAGCAUAAAAUUUUUUCAAUGGCUCUAAGCAAACUCCUUGGGUUCCCGAGGAUGACUUGACCCUCAAUACUUGUCUUGGAGACGCAUGUAAUGAAAGCUUGCCUACCUUGCUCUCAUUGGUUUCUUUUGUCUUAUUCUAUCAUAUAUACACUCCUUUCUACCACUUCUUCUCUUUUACUCCGACGAAGGACUAGCGUCCGAAACGUCAGUAAGUUUUUUCAUCUUUUCACGGUGUAUAAUUUACCUUUUCAUCAUUAAUGAAAGCUUGAGUGUAUUUAAAAUAUCACAUUUAUCAAUACAUUUACAGAGUACAUUAUAUAUAAGGGUAUUUUUUUAACUACAUGUAACGUGUAAAUUAUCAAAAGUUAUAUAGACAUUAUAGGCCUUAUUUUUAUGGUUUAUACACUUAAUUGAAAUAUAGCGACCAUUUGACAUAAUUAUUGUUCUGGACUGACUAUAGGUUUAUAAUUAUUGUUCUGGACUGACUAUAGGUUCUCUUACAUGUGAAGACUCUUGUGUGUUUCCCGAUGUGAACUUGAGGCUGGUCAGUCCAGAAACGACAAUAGCAAUUCAAAUUGGCCGCUGGGUAAUAUUUCGAUUCGGUGUAUGGAGCUAUUCCAGAUGGUAGUGUUAGGGGGAAAAUGGUGCAAGGAAAAGCAGCAUAAUCAUUUCUUUGAAAAGUUACCUAAGCUUUCCGUUCUUCUCUCAAUGACAUAAAUCUCCUAGGGCCCAAUAAAACCCCGAUAAGUAAAAAACUAUAUAAAAGUAUGGCCUUUUAAUAAAUGUAUAUUUUUACCGAAA